AUGCCACCAAAGCACAUCCAAGGCAAAGGCCGCACGCUCAAAGAGCCCAACUUUGCACAGUCCACACUGCGGGCAUUGACAAGCGCGGAGAACAGAAGCGUCGUUGGUGCGAUUGGCUUGUUUGCUAUUGGGGUCACAUUCCUACACAGCAGCUGGGCUGAGAUUCUGUUGCCUGCUUAG